UCCGCAAGAAGCAGAUAAUCAAUUGUCAUUCACAACUCACUCGAGGUGGCAUUUUGAAUCCCAUUUCUAGGAUCUCAAUGUUCACCAGCGCAAGACCGGAACCUGCGGCCUUGUCCAAGUUUGAAUCUUGAAUGAUGCUUCCCCCCCCACUUCCAAUGUGGGCCUUGCUGGGCCUCGCCGAUCAAAGAUCCGUACCAAAUCCCUUCUCUCAAGGCUUUCCCAGAACGAUUGUCAAAAAUUGUUAUACGGCCAGUCGAUAAUGGCACCGCUGGUGGCUAAGCCUUCAUUUCUACCGAUUUGGAUCUUUUCGAUCUCGGAACCUCUUCAUCAAGGGUCCACACCCUGAGCGAUGACGGAAUAGACAAGACAAAAAGCAGGAACUGUUCAAUAGUCGUUGACUCAGCUGUUGUUUGUCAUUUUUGGGUAUUAUCGGAGGGCUGGCUGCCCGUAGAUUCUGAAUCACCAUGUUCCAUCUCGAAAAUGAUGGAGAGUCAUGCUGCUCAGAAUGUGCCUGGAGCUCAAGCUUCAGCAGAGCUUACAAAUGAACCUAUUCAGCGAUCAUCGACCGUGAGAACCAGCAGCACGCUGCAUCAUAACGAAUUCGACGAUCGUUUCUUGUCCAGAGUUCGGUCCUUCUUCAACCGUGACACUCAUAUUGGACAUGUUAGUCGCCAUCCUCUAAGAGAUGAAAAGAACGUUGAGAUCCAUACGUGGCAAGGUCCCAAUGACCCUGAUAACCCAUUCAACUGGAGCAAGACUUACAAAUGGAUUCUCACACUCACCAUAUGUUUCAUUUCCAUUCUGACCGGGUUACCGGCGGGAUCCUACGGUGCUGGGAACACCUGGAUGGAACAGCAGUUUCAUGUUCAAAAUGAACCAUUUCCCAACCUGGCUUGGGCGACGACAUCCUGGAAUAUGGGAGCCGCAUUUUGGCCACUGAUCUUUGUGCCACUGACCGAAUCGUCGGGGCGUAUGCCAGGCUACUUCGUUUCCUAUUUUAUCCUGGUCGUCUCUCUAUUCCCGUCCGCAUUUGCACAGAACUUUGCUACCCUGGUUGUAACUCGCUUUUUUGGUGGAGGGGCAUCCUCCGUCUCGAUCAAUAUUGUCGGAGGCAGUAUUAGUGAUGUCUGGUAUGGAGACAAGGCUCGUAGCCUACCGAUGUCACUGUUCGGGUUUACUAGUGUAGUAGGUAUUGCUCUGGGUCCAUUCAUUGGAUCGGCCAUUCAGACGAUACACAAGAGCAGUCCAUGGAGAUGGAUUUUCUAUAUUCAGAUAAUUUAUAACGCCGCACUCAUUCCAGUCUUUUGGUUGAUACUACGCGAAACACGAGGAGAUGUCAUUCUAAAGAAGCGUGCCAAAAAGCUACGCCGCGAAACUGGUCGACCAAUUUAUGCCGAAAGUGAGCUAAACACAACGAGCGUGUGGAAACUGCUCCAGGUUUCUUUCGAGCGCCCUACUCGAAUGCUUCUCACUGAGCCCGUCGUUACGUUUUUCACUUUGUGGGUGAGCUUUGCAUGGGGAAUUCUCUUCCUCUUCUUCUCUAGUGUCGGACAGACAUUCAGUCAUAAUUAUGGAUGGGGAACAUUUACCACUGGUAUGGUGCAACUUGCGAUUUCCGUUGGCGCGCUUAUUGGUACUGUGGUCAAUCCCCUUCAAGACUGGAUCUAUUUACGCUCCGCCCGCAACAACCGAGAAAGCCCUGGUCGUCCAAUUCCGGAAGCCCGGCUAUAUACAUCCAUUCCUGGUAGUCUUCUCUUUGCUGGAGGUCUCUUCUGGUAUGGAUGGGGCAGCGUGGGUGACGGAUCCAUCCACUGGAUCGUCCCUACUUUGGGAAUUGGUUGCACUGGUGUGGGGAUUUAUUCUAUCUAUAUGGCAGUCGUGAACUAUCUAACGGACGCAUACGAGAAAUACGCAGCAUCGGCACUAUCUGCCGCAUCGCUAGGUCGCAAUACGUUCGGUGCGUUCUUACCGUUAGCGUCAUUUGAGCUGUUUGACACGCUGGGCUACGGGUGGGCUGGCUCGUUACUUGGUUUUGUGGGAGUCGCCCUUUCCGUCGUACCGGUUGUUUUGGUCCUCAAGGGGCCCGAAAUUCGUCGGCGUAGCCCCUUUAUGCGCGAGUCUAUGUUCGAGUCGCAAGGGGAGAUGUCACAAGGCGAGACGUCACAAGACGAUCGGCCGGAAAAGAUUGGUGUAUGAGAGCUUCUAUAUUUGCCUUUACAAGGGUCGUUACGCCGAGUCCCGGUGGCUUUACACCCUGUAAAGAACCAUUAAGCUUCCAGGAUAUCUUGAGAUAAUCUUUAUAUCUCAGUCAGAUAUUACAGUCAGAACCUCGAUGAAUCAAGUACACGGAAAGUUGUAUCAUCGACAUUUCAUUUCAAAACAUAAUCGAAAGGAAAUGGACAAAUCUGAACGUUUGUACAUAUGCGAGAAAAUUGUGAUCUAUAUUU